AUGUCGGCAUUAUCUGCUCCCCCCAUCCUGGAUUUCUCCGCAUUCUACGGCAGUGACAUUGAAGCAAAGGCCAAGCUGGUAGAGGAAGUGCGAAAGUGCUGCCACUACAAUGGCUUCUUCCAGAUCACCGGCCAUCGCGUCCCGCUGGACCUGCAGCGACGUGUGAUGAAAUGCUCCAAGCGGUUUUUUGAUUUACCUCUAGACGAUAAAAUGGAAAUUGACAAAAAUCUCAACUCGUUUAAUCGUGGCUACGAACUUCUCCGGUCGCAGAUGCUCGAAGUCGGCACCGGCCCGGAGCUGAAGGAGGGACUUUAUAUUGGCGAAGAGAUUCCGGAGGACCACCCCUACUUUCUGCAGAAGAAAUUGAACAGCGGUCCCAACCAAUGGCCCCAGACCGUCCCUGACAAGGACGAGUUCCAGAAGACUACAAUGGACUACUACCAUGCGGUAUUUGAGCUGGCGAAGGAUGUGCUAGGCGUGGUCGCUUUGACCUUAGGGGUGGACUCGGACUUUUUCCAACCUCUUACUACAGGAGCGGUAGCCACAAUGCGCUACUUGCAUUAUCCCGCACAACCGAAAGACGAAGACGAGACACUAAACCGUGGAAUUGGUGCCCACACAGACUUUGGCUGUGUGACUCUACUCUUACAAGACGAGGUGGAUGGCCUUCAGGUUUUGGAUGCGCCUUCCGGACAAUGGCUUGAUGUCAAGCCUGUGGAGGGAGCCUACGUCGUGAACCUAGGGGAUCUUUUCAUGCGCAUGGCGAACGACAAGUACAAGUCCAACAUCCACCGUGUGAUCAAUAAAUCGGGCCGUGAACGAUAUUCCAUUCCAUUUUUCUUCAGCGGGAACCCAGACUACCUCUGCGAGUGUCUCCCCAAUUGUCGAGCGCCGGGAGAAGCCGCGAAAUAUCCGCCUAUUACCGUCCAGGACAUGGUGACAGCGGCAUACAAAGAAAGCUACGGGCGAGCGGAGAAGUACAAAAGGGAGAUGGAAACUACGAAAUUGGAGGCGACACCCUCGGUCGCGGCAGUGGGCGCGUAG